CUGACCACCGACAAACAGCGAAGCACGGGAUAAUCAUUUAGCUAUCAAAUCAAGAAAUCAAAAAUUUCUACCAAGAGCACUAACAGAAACAGGAUCCAAAUCCUUAUGUUAGUGAAAUGAAAUUCGUUCUUGUUGUUGAUGAUGAUUAAACAAAAACAGUAAUCAAGAAAAAAAGAAGAAGAAAAUGGAUGUGGAAAGAUCGUCGCUGUGUAAUUGCGUAGUGAAUUUCUUAUUAGAGGAGAAUUAUAUAUUAACUGCAUUCGAAUUGUUACAUGAGCUUCUCGAUGACGGUAGAGACGAUCACGCUAUCCGUCUCAAGGAGUUUUUCGCUGAUCCUUCUCAAUUUCCUCCCGAUCAGAUCUCUCGCUUCAAUUCUCUUCGAGUUGCAGACCCUCAAACGUUGCUAGAAGAGAGAGAAGCAGUAAAAGAAAAGUUAUCCCUUAGUGAAUAUGAGCUCCGUUUGGUACAAGAGGACAUUUCAAAGCUGAAGACUGAAUUAGAGAAGAAAAUAGACUCGCCACAGGCAGAAUUGAGUGAGUCAAAUUCAGAUAUUUCCAAGAACUCCGGAUCAGACAUUGUACGCCAAAAGAAGGAUACUUCCUUUUCUGACUUGGGUCCUUUAAAGGAUAAUGAGCGUAGGGAUCUUAAUUGUGCUGUAAAGGAAUAUUUGCUUAUAGCAGGAUAUCGGCUUACUGCUAUGACAUUCUAUGAGGAAGUUGCAGAUCAGAACUUGGAUGUAUGGCAGAACACUCCUGCAUGUGCUCCAGAUGCAUUGCGACAUUAUUACUAUCAAUAUCUUUCGUCCACUUCGGAGGCUGCAGAGGAAAAAAUUGCCAUGCUACGGGAAAAUGAGUCGAUGAUAAAAACAAAUGAAAUGUUGAGUCAUGAAAAGGAGGAAUUGCUUAAAAAUAAAGAUUUGGCUGAUAAUGAAAUAAGUGGAUUAACUAAAUCCUUGGAAGUCUUUCAGAAAGAUCUCAAGGAGAGGGAGCACCAGAUACAAGAGUUGAAACAAUCUUGGGAGCUCCAACAGAGAGAAAUGAAUGAUUGCAGAGCCGAGAUCACUUCAUUGAAGAUGAACAUUGAAGGAUAUCGUUCUGGGAAAAGCAUAAUCACUGGGGAGGUCGACUCUAUUCAAUCCCAGACCUUAGAGAAGUACAAGGAAGAAAUAAAAUCAUUGCAAAUGGAAAUGGAAAAGUUAAAAGCAAAAAGCAAGCAAACUCUUGUAUCUGUAGAUUCAGCCAGUAAUGAGGAAGAGGCUCUUGAGACUGCAGAGGAAGUUGUCGGGAUAGAUAAGGAUAAACCUGUAGUAUUGCACCCAUAUGAUGCUGUUGAAAUUUUAGUGGAAGAUGUUCAAUCUGUGACCACUGACAACACAGAUAAAUCAGAGGAAAUCUUGUCAGAUUUAUUAAGAAAGUAUCCAAAUGGAGAUCUUAACAUUGAAAGCAAUAAAAAAGACUCUAAACAAAAUGGUGAACUCCCAUCAGAAGGCAGUGGGCAGCAUGUACAAUUGAGCAAAUUAAAAGUUGAACCUGCUUUGGAUGAUAAGGGAUCAGAAACAAUUCAGAUACUUGCAGAUGCCUUGCCAAAAAUCGUUCCUUAUGUUUUGAUCAAUCAUCGUGAGGAGCUUCUUCCAUUAAUGAUGUGCGCAAUUGAGCGUCAUCCAGAUAGCACCACACGUGAUUCCUUGACCCACACCUUGUUUAAUUUGAUCAAACGUCCAGAUGAGCAGCAAAGACGGAUCAUAAUGGAUGCUUGUGUUAGUCUUGCUAAGAAUGUUGGAGAAAUGAGAACAGAAACAGAAUUGCUUCCUCAGUGUUGGGAACAAAUAAGCCACACAUAUGAAGAGCGUAGAUUACUUGUUGCUCAAUCUUGCGGGGAGAUUGCAGAGUUUGUCAGGCCUGAGAUCCGUGAUUCUCUAAUUCUGUCUAUUGCCCAACAAUUGAUUGAAGAUUCUGCAACUGUUGUUCGAGAGGCGGCUGCACGUAACCUGGCUAUGUUGCUUCCACUAUUCCCAAAUGUGGACAAAUAUUUCAAGGUUGAGGAGGUAAUGUUCCAACUGGUCAGUGAUCCCUCAGGGGUUGUUGUGGAAACAACACUAAGGGAGCUGCUUCCUGCUGUCAUAAAAUGGGGGAAAAAAUUAGAACACAUUUUAAGAGUCUUACUUUCCCAUUUGUUGAGCUCAGCUCAGCGUUCUCCACCACUUUCUGGAGUUGAAGGCUCAGUGGAGUCACAUUUACGUGUCUUAGGGGAACGAGAACGAUGGAAUAUUGAUGUUUUAUUGAGAAUGUUGGUGGAGCUUCUUCCCUUUGUGCACCAGAAGGCCAUUGAGACAUGCCCCUUUUCUUCAGUUCCAGAGUCUACAGAUACAUUUUUCUCGAACACUUUACUUGAACUGUAUUCAAAGGGGAAUGUUGAGUGGUUGGCAUUUGAAUGGAUGCAUGUAGAUUGCUUUCCUGAUUUGAUACAGCUGGCCUCUAUGUUACCUCAGAAAGAAGACCAUUUAAGAAACAAAAUUACCAAGUUAUUGUUGGCUGUAGGUGAUCUCUUUGGGGACUCCUAUCUGGUACACAUAAUGAUUCCUGUGUUCUUGCUAGCAGUUGGGGAUAAUGCAGAUCUGAAAUUUCUUCCAUCUGCCAGUCACUCAAGAAUUAGAGGACUGAGACCAAAAAAUGCUGUGACUGAAAAGCUUGCAACAAUGUGUGUUCUACCACUCUUCUUGGCCGGUAUUCUAGGUGCUCCCAGCAAGCAUGAACAAUUAGCAGACUAUUUGAGAAAGUUACUAGUUGAUUGCCCAGUAAAAGAGAACCAGUCAACAAAACACAAUGUUGAGAUCAUCAAUGCUGUCCGGUUUCUUUGCACCUUCGAAGAGCACCAUGGUAUGAUAUUCAAUAUAUUGUGGGAAAUGGUUGUUAGCUCCAACGUAGAGAUGAAAAUUAAUGCGGUCUAUCUGUUGAAAGCCAUAGUUCCAUAUAUUGAUGCAAAAAUUGUCUCUACCCAUGUGUUGCCCGCUCUAGUUACUCUUGGCUCAGACCAAAACCUGAAUGUGAAGCAUGCAAGCAUAGAUGCAUUUGGAGCUGUGGCACAGCAUUUUAAAAAUGACAUGAUUGUUGAUAAGAUACGUGUUCAAAUGGAUGCUUUUCUUGAAGAUGGGUCCCAUGAAGCUACUGUUGCUGUCGUACGUGGGUUAUUGGUAGCAAUACCUCACACAACAGAGAGACUUAGAGAUUACCUACUUUCUAAGAUUUUUCAGUUUACAACAACACCACCUUCUGCAAGUGACGUGGUGCGUCGUCGUGAGAGAGCAAAUGCGUUUUGUGAAUCAAUCCGUGCCCUGGAUGCUACAGAUAUAUCUGCAGCAAGUGUGCGGGAUUUCCUGCUACCUGCUAUACAAAAUCUGUUGAAAGAUCCCGAUGCAUUAGAUCCGGUGCACAAAGAAGCACUUGAGAUAAUAAUGAAGGAACGGUCAGGUGGAACUUUGGAGGCCAUCAGUUAUGUGAUGGGUACUCAUUUUGGGCUAGCGUCAUCAGUCACCAGUUUUUUUGGAGAUGGUAGUCGGUUGAGCAAGAAAGAAACCACUGAUCCUAUUUCUCCAGACCCGGAAUCCCCAAAUCCUACGCUGACACCAACAGCAGAAGAUACAAGAUUUAGGCGUAUUAUGAGGGGUAAUUUUACAGACAUGCUUAGGAGUAAAACACAGCCAAACCAAUAGCUAUCUAGUUAGACACAGAAAAUACUUUGAAGUUCGAUCAAUUACGUAAAGGUCAUCUGGUACUUGUUCAAAUUUAAUCUCGAUAAAUGCGAGGGAAGUUUUCUUAGCCCCACUUCUAUUUUUUUAAAAUUCUUGUUGUAUAGAGCUAAAUUUGAAAAUAGAUUGUAAUAUGAAUACUUACUGCCUAGGAAACACCAAGUCCCAAAUUUUAAUUCGUCUAUCUCUAUUGAUUACAAUUAUUUCUA